UGCAGAUGCUCGGUCAGCAGAUUUGGACACAUUUCUUAUUCCAGUGCUGAAAUAGACAAUUGCUUACUGGUGAGUACUGGAUUUUUUAACAUUGGUGACACCAUAUUUAUUAAAAAAAAAUAAAACUUAUUUCUCCAGUAUUACAGCCAUUACAGCCAGUAUUAGUGAGAAUGGAGACAGUGCUCAAUACAGAAGUCCUCUGGAACAAAGCUUUAACAGACAACAAUGUAAAAGGUAUCAUUUGCUGGCUCCGGAGUCUCACCACCGAAGGUCAACAUGAUCCUGACAAGAGCCUUGCAAAGUUUAACUGUUGGCUUCGAUGUUCCAUAGAACGGAUCAAGAAAGAAUUACUAACUCUCUGCUUUCACCACUGUCAUGACCUGUGGAUGUUUCUAGGCCGUACAUCCUUCACUAAAUUAUCUCUAUUGACACAGAAACUUAAGAAUUUGCUCUUAUUGACUCGUUGGGUUAUGUCAAAGCACACAUGUGUGAUGUGUCAAAUCAAUCCCAAAGCUAUGGUGCAAUGUGGAUGCUGGAAUCGGGAUGUACACACACUGCGACAGCACAUCCUGUUGGGAAGACUGGUACAGUGGUGGAGCUUCAGUGGACUUCUGCCACAAUACCCAGAUGCCAAUGAGCUGAAGCAGAUCUCUCAGAUGUGGCAGGAUAUGAAGCAGCACCACAAGACAACUUGUCUGCAGCUAAGGUGUGAUAUUGAGGAUAAAUAUAGAGGGAGCUCCAUUAUACAGGCAAUUGUGGCUCAUAUGCACAAACAAUAUGGUCCACUAUGGGUUUCAGAAGAUUUCACCAACCAGAUUUACCCAUCACCUUCCCUCCAAUCUCUCUUAAAGCUAGUACUGGUCCCAUAUACAGACACCGCAUACAACACAUCUGCUCUAGCCAUUAUAAUGUAUUUUAUUCUGGAUGUGUCUAACAUUCAAUGUAAAGGAAAUCUGCUGGAGUCUUUCCGCCAUACCUUUUGCAUACCAUCCAGAUUCUCGCAACAGAUCUACGGAUUGUGGCUCCUAGACCAUGGCUUUGUAUCUGAUAUACUACAUCUCGGCUCAUCGGAAAGACAGAAUUCAAGAAAAACUGACAGCAUAAACCAAAGAGAUCUUGGUGAUAAGGUUGCAGAAAAUAAGGUUGUUGUAAAAGGAUGUGCUCCUAUUCCACUGUCUGCACUGCUCUACCAGUGUCUGUUUAAUGGCUCUCUGACUCCUGGAGAUUUUCUCAGACUAUUUAGAGAAGCUGUAACAGAGCUUAACUCAUCAGAAAAACUUACAAGAAUGAUGGUGGUAUGGCCAAAAUACUUCGGGAGAACUGAAGAAAACAGGAUUGCAUCACAGUCACCUGACCUGACGUCAGAGACCUAUUGUGAAUUACCAAUCUCUUCCAAUCCUGAGCUUCAGAAAGAAGAGCCAGCGUUGUUACAGUAUGACAGAAUGGAGGUUCAUAUAUCUCCAGCAGUCCUCUUAUCUGGCUCCACAUCGCCAGACCACAUGGACUCUGCACCACAUGCAGAGGGAGAACAAGAGGAGACCGAUGAUGAGGACUGUGACUUGCUAAGCAACAAUCACAUGUCAUGUAAAGAUGCCAGCCAGUGCUCUUCUAUUAUCACUAUUACUGGAGACGUCCCAAAGACUGUGCUUAUCAAAAACUUGUGCAGAGAAAGCUUUGAUGAGCUGGCCAUGUCUGAGAAUGGUGUUGAGCAGAUUUUGGCCUGUGCAGGAAAUCUUGUAGAUACAAAAGAGAGUCACAUAAUGGAAGUCACACAGAUAGAAAGCAGCAGUAAGAACAAACAGACCAUGCUGCAUAGUACUGCUAAGACCCCUGUGAAUGGUGACAAUUAUUUAAUUCCUGAUUAUGAGGAAUCACUUGAUGAUAUGGUCCAGGAACCACAUUCUGAGAGCGUAAGGGCAGAAGAUGAGAAUGAACAGUUUAAUGUUUUAUAUUCUAAGAGUGAUAAUUGCCAAAACACCAUAUGUGAGGAAACAUUUGGAUCAAACCGCUUUUUGAACCUGAAUCCUUUAAAAAGAGCAUUGCCUUACUCUCCAAUCGAGAAGAGCUUCAGGUCCUUCUGUUAUGAUUCCCAAGAUGCCAUGGAUCAGCCGGAGAUCCUUACCUCCUGCGCAAUUACUGAGACAAUGCCGGAUCUCCUAGAAGAGCUCAGUGAACAGAACCUCACACUGAAGGAUGAGGAACCUAACCAACCUUCUGUUUUAUCAUCUGUCAAAAACUCUAUUUUAGUAACGGAUUUAAACCCUGUGAGGCAUGGUUCUCGUCCUCAUCAGCUUCAGAUUUCUCUUGGAGCUCCAGUACUGCCCCUCAGCCAGGCUGAGAAGACCAAAGACAAAGCAACCAGUGAGAGCAAAAAUGCAGGACUUAAGGAGGUAGUUUGUUUUAGGACUACAUCAGAACGAAUGGGUGACUGUAAGCUGGGCAGCUGGUGGAAGCAGGCUCUGGACACUAGAAGAGCCUCCACAGGAUUGUUGCCUGCUUUUGAGCAGGUCCCUGCUGUCACAAAAGAAAAAAGACACUCUCUUGUUCUAGGAUGGCCUCAGUGUCAUGGGCUUAUAAGAGGAUGCAAACAAGAGGUUAAACAGGUACGAUGAUGCUGGCUUAAUACGACCUUAUUAAAUUCUUCGGUCAUGAGACCACUAAAGAAGAAUAAAGCAGCAGAAAAGCUAAAGGCAACAAGGGCAAAUAGGUCAAACAAUGCUGAGAGCAGGAGAAAGAGAGAUCCAUUUCUAAUUUGCUUAGCAUAUAUCUGCCAUGUUAAAUAUGAUUUACAUUUGCCAAUGUAUUAUAUAAAUAAAUCUAUUAAAAUAUAUUUUAAAUUUGCAUUUUAAUAAAGAGAAUAUAUAAAAAUAGCAUCUGAUGCCUUGGGCUUGUACUAUCUUACAAAUGAAUGUGAAUAAAACUGUAUGAUUCUGGAUCCAUUACACCUAGUUUAAUCAUGUCAUAGGCAUGGAUUACAUCCAUCAGUGUCAAUUAGAUUUAACAUGUUUACAUGUUUUUUGGUUUGCUGAGUUUCUGAUUUACAUAGUUUUCAGUUUUUUCUUUUUCCCCAAUGGACAAAUCCUGCAGCUUCAACAAAAACAGAUACAUUAGCAAAUAUUUGUAUUAGGAAGAAAAUAAUAAUUACAGGGUUCUGGUUGUUCUCUGUUUUAUACAGUUUUAUACAGAUUGGAGUGGGAGAAAAUGAGGAAUGAAUAAAUAAAUGAAUUAAUGAAUCAAUGAAUCAAAUCAAUGAAUGAAUCAAUCAAUCACUGUUUGCAAACUAAUUUACAAAUGUUUGUUAUUAUUUAAAUUCUGAAUGCAAUGCUUUGGUUUCAGAAACCCCCAGUUUUUCCAAAGAGCAUUUAGAAAGUCAACAUCAUGAAGAUCAAGAAAGACUUGUGCAGGACAAUUCCAAAAGAUUACAAAAAGAAGUUUAUAACUAUAUACUAGCAAUAUUAAAACCAAUAAUUAUUUAUACAUUUUAAAGGAAGUAUUUGGCACAGUCACAAGGAGACAGCCAUCAAAAAUCUGUAACUGGGUAAGAGGACUUAAUGUGUGUUUUUCCUGGUUCAUUAGCAUCCAAUUAGACUUCGUUUCUUAAACUUAGACCUUAAUUUUUUCCACUUCAUUCCAAAAUUUUUGUGCUGUUGGACUGACUGUGUCAGUAUUUCGAUACAAUACGCAACAAGUCAAGUCAAGAUCAGAUUUUUUUUCUAAGUGCAUUUCAUUCUUUUGUCACUGUCUUAAACUUAGCAAAUCAUAUACAAUAUUUAGUAAAAAGCAUUGCUAGAGUCACAUUGUUGAAUAGUAGCAAUGCUAAAGCUGCAACACAGUUUCUUCUAUUUCCUUUUGGCCUUAUGGAACCUUUCAUGUAAAACACAAUGCAAAAUGCAUGUCUUCCAUCCAAACUUCUUUCUGUACUGCAUGUGUAUAGUAUUUGAGCAGUCAAUUUGAGGACUGCAUUUUUUUUCCAGAUGUGAAAGCCUCUUUGUUAUAAAUUCCUGGGCUACUCCUCCUUGUAGCAUAAUGUAAAUGUUAAUGUAAGGUAAAUUGUAAUAAAAUGUAUUUCAUUCUCA